AAAAACGUCGUUCAAAAGAGAAAGCCUGGAAAUUAAGAUUCGCUCUAUUUCUCUCUCUCCAACAAGAAAUCUAUCCGAAGGAAGAGAAGACUGUGAAGCAGAGGAUUUAUGUCGUCUGGUUUUGAUCUACUAUCUGGAGCUCUGAAGCGGCUCUUGUUCUUCUCUCAGUCUUUUUCAAUCUUAGCCUUUAACACACUCCUCGUGUUCUUCGCCUUUUGCAUGCAAUCACGGUGCCAUGGUCGGACCCCAAAACAGUCUUCCCCAACCUUUUUCAUGCGAUUGAGAUCAAAACAGACUUGUUAUGGAGUAGACUCCUUCGGGGCUUAUCCCAGAAAGAAAAUUGUUGCCCUUUCAAUUGUUUCUUUCUGGGUUUUGGGUUUUUCUUGAUACUCAAGAUUGACAAAGAUCUAUUAUUUUCCUAGAAUUAUUAUUAUUUUUUUUUUUUCCUGAUACUCAAGACGACAGUUAUUAUCUAUUGAAGAAAUAAAAGCGAAUGAGGAAAAUUCGUAUUAUAUACAAUGAUCCUUAUGCCACUGAUUCUUCAAGCGACGAUGAUGAAGAACAUUGGUUCAAGAAAGAACAAGCAAAGGCUUCUAAGCGCUUUGUCAAGAUGAUUUUGCUUCCUAGUUUCAGAUACGAUUCGCGUGAAGAUACAAAGUCUUCGCAACCCAAUGGAAGGAAAAUUAGUAUUGCAACAAAGGUUUGCUGCAAAGAGGAAGUUUGCAAGAAAGUUCGAAAAUCGUCUUCGGCAUACAAGGGUGUCCGGCGCCGGAAGUGGGGGAAGUAUAUAGCGGAAAUCCGCGACCCAUUUCAACGCCGGCGGCUGUGGCUUGGUACUUACAACACUGAGGAGGAGGCUGCUCGUGCUUACAAGAAAAAGAGGCUUGAGAUUGAAAGCUUGCAUUCUACUGCCAUGCUGGGUGAGACCCAGAAUUCGUUUCACCGUCCGUCGCCGUCGUCUGUGCUCGACGUCUCUACCCCGGCUCCGGUUUCCGACGGAACAGGAAAUUCAAACAAAGAGGAAGGCAACGUGGAGCCGAUUCUUGAAGAAGAGCUGGUAUUGGUGCAGCCAUUGGAGAGUCGAGAGAUAGGUCCGGGAUAUGAUCAGUAUUCGCUGUUGGGGAACGAUUUCGAAAGAAAUUUCAACGACAUUAAUGGGUAUGGAAUGUGUGGGUUUGAAUACGGCGAGGCAGGCGAUCUUCCUUCUCUUGACAUUGACUUCGCUGAUCAGGAGUUUUCGUGGAUUGAGGAAACAUGAAAGAGAAAUGCACACAACAAAUUUACACAAUUUUUACACAUGGGAUUCAUGCGAGGGAGACUCCACGUGAGUCCCACUCCAUGUGAAUGUGUUGCAUAAAAAUUGUAUAAAAUUCGUUAACUUUUGCAUAUAAGAAAAAGUAGCAGCAUUAUUUACUGUUCAUACUUUUCGUAUGUACCUUCAAAGUAAGAAUACAAAAACAAUUUUUGUCA